AUGUUUGGGCUGUUGGACUGUCUUCUCUCUCUCCAUCCAUUCAUCUGUCUAUCUCUAUCUGUGUCGAAGAACAAAAUAGGGCAGUCCUACUGAGUACUUUGGUAAAAAGACCUAUUCCAAAAUCUAAACCGAAAACCAUUUAUUUUGUGAAAUCCUGUCAUGAUUUUGCCUCGUCCUGCAAUCCCAUUUCUUGACCUGAUCUCCGAGUCUUGAGUAAGUUGCAGAAUCUUGCUUGAGUCGGCAAGGUGAAUUCCUAAGAGGAUCUUCUUUAUUACUUUCUUUUUUUGAGAGAAUGGCCUCUGUAAGUGUUGUCCCUGCUACUGGAUUGCGAGAUAGAAGUGGAAACUCAGCUGGUGUUGAUAAGUUGCCUGACGAGAUGAAUGACAUGAAAAUUAGGGAUGACAAGGAAAUGGAAGCAACUGUGGUUGACGGUAAUGGAACCGAGACAGGUCAUAUAAUUGUCACAACAAUUGGUGGCAAAAAUGGCCAGCCAAAGCAGACAAUAAGCUAUAUGGCUGAACGUGUUGUUGGGCACGGAUCUUUUGGAGUGGUGUUCCAGGCUAAAUGUUUAGAGACUGGCGAAACUGUUGCUAUUAAAAAGGUUCUGCAAGAUAAAAGGUACAAGAACCGGGAGCUGCAAACCAUGCGUCUUCUAGAUCACCCUAAUGUAGUGUCUCUGAAACACUGUUUCUUCUCAACAACUGAAAAAGAUGAACUCUAUCUUAACCUGGUUCUUGAGUAUGUCCCUGAGACCAUCCACCGAGUAAUCAAACACUACAGUAAGAUGAGUCAAAGGAUGCCAUUGAUAUAUGUCAAACUUUACUUUUAUGAGAUUUGUAGAGCUCUUGCUUACAUUCACAAUAGUAUUGGAGUGUGCCAUAGAGACAUAAAGCCUCAAAACUUAUUGGUGAACCCACAUACGCACCAAGUGAAACUAUGUGACUUUGGAAGUGCAAAAGUUUUGGUUAAAGGAGAACCAAACAUAUCUUACAUAUGUUCCAGGUACUAUCGAGCACCUGAACUUAUUUUUGGUGCAACUGAGUACACCUCUGCCAUUGACAUCUGGUCCGCGGGUUGUGUUCUGGCUGAAUUACUGCUUGGACAGCCUCUCUUUCCGGGUGAGAGCGGAGUAGACCAGCUGGUUGAAAUUAUAAAGGUUUUGGGUACCCCAACAAGGGAGGAAAUUAAGUGCAUGAAUCCUAAUUACACGGAGUUCAAAUUUCCUCAAAUUAAAGCACACCCGUGGCACAAGAUAUUCCACAAGCGCACGCCCCCCGAAGCUGUGGACCUUGUCUCCAGACUACUACAGUAUUCUCCGAACCUCCGAAGCACAGCUCUGGAGGCUUUGAUCCAUCCUUUCUUUGAUGAGCUGCGUGAUCCUAACACCCGUUUGCCAAAUGGACGCUUCCUUCCACCACUGUUCAAUUUUAAGCCUCAUGAACUGAAAGGAGUGCCCCUUGAGAUGCUUGUCAAGUUGAUCCCAGAGCAUGCAAGAAAGCAAUGCGCCUUCCUUGGGUUAUGAUGCGGAAUCCAGGCGGUACAAUUUUUGAAGAGGAGAUAUGAAGGUCGUUCAGCUUAUAAAUUGAAAUGUUCGGGAUUCUGUCGCACAAAACAUUCUGUAGAUUGAAAAUUCUUCUAAGCGCAUAAUCAAAAGGUAUGAUGGUGAUCCGAGCUAAUCUUUGCAUUAAAAAUCUGAUUGCUAGACACAGAAACCCUGUAUUUGAGGUGGGAGUCACCUCACAAGCUAGUUUUUGAGAGAAAUAGGCCCAAGACCACCUAACAAUUUCUAUCAGAGCUCAUGUAUGCCAGCAAGUCUGGACCCGACAAUCAGAGUAAAAAACUGGUUGUCGUGGCUUCAACCUAAAGCCAGAUUUGUGAGGGGGGAGAUUGCUGGAGUUAUCCGACAUCAGUUGUGGAAGAGGCUGGUGAGGGAAUUUAUAAGAAGCUAGCUUUUGACGAGGAAAUAUGCUCAAGACCACCACCUAACAAAAACAGCUUGCAAGCCAUCUAUACCAAAAGCUUUAUACGGACCCUGGACCGAUAUAAGAAAAGAGCAUCUUUGAUCUCUAUAUCAGCAACAGGCAUACAUAAAGAAUUAUAAGCACGGCUAGAAAGCAUAGAAAAAGCACCUGAGAUCGGAAAUUCCUCCAUUAUUUUCUAGUCUUGAUUGAAAUAAAAAGCUUAAUUCAUUUAUGGA